UCGCAACUUUUCGACCAAAUCGGCUGAACCCACAUGUUGACAUUUAAGCACGUAAAAGCGAAUAAAAUAAAAACAAGUGCACGUGCAGCUGUUUUGUUAUUUUUUUUUACCUUUUCUGUAUUAUUUUUGUGUGGUACUAUACUUCGUGUGAAUUUCCGAGAGAUUUCCAGAUCCGAUGUAAUUUGUAAUUUAUUUAUCAGCAGAACGAAAACUUGUCAGUUACAUAAAUUUUGUAUCAAGUCAAGUUAUAACUAACAGGUUAUCGUGAUACAAAUAAAUUACAAUAACAACAAUGACUAAACCAAGCUCGAAGUGGACUGACUUGCCGAAAGCUCUCAGCACUCCGGUUUUGGAAGUCAUUGAGAAGAUCGGUUUUUGCAAGAUGACUCCGGUACAGGCGGCAACUAUUCCCCUAUUAAUGUCCUACAAGGACGUGGCCGCCGAAGCAGUAACUGGAUCCGGUAAGACGCUGGCUUUUGUUAUUCCUCUGCUUGAACUAAUGCUCAAGCGCCAGCGGGACUCGGCGUGGAAAAAAUCCGAAGUAGGAGCUAUUAUAGUAUCUCCGACACGGGAGCUGGCAGUGCAAAUCAGCAAUGUUUUGGAAGACUUUCUCGACCACGAACAGCUGAAUGUGUUCAAACAAAAGUUAUUAAUUGGAGGAAGUUCGGUGGAUGAAGAUGUUGAUUCUAUUAGAAAAGAAGGCGCGAACAUUCUUGUGGCUACACCAGGAAGAUUGAAGGAUCUCUUAGAAAGAAAGGGUGAUCUAAAUUUGCCUACUAAGGUGAAAAGUUUGGAAUUAUUGGUGCUAGACGAAGCUGAUCGUUUGCUGGAUCUUGGAUUUGAAGCUACGAUCAAUACCAUCUUGGGCUAUUUGCCACGACAAAGGAGAACCGGAUUGUUUUCUGCCACUCAAACAAAAGAGGUGAAGGAUUUAAUGAGGGCCGGUCUAAGAAAUCCAGUGCUGGUUAGUGUUAAGGAGAAAGCGACCGUAAGUACUCCCAAAUUACUACAAAAUUACUACGUUGUUGUAGAACCAGAGUACAAACUUGCUGUUCUAUUAAGCUUCAUAAGAAAACAAAAGGUAAACAAAGCUAUGAUCUUUUUUCCAACUUGUGCCUGUGUUGAGUUCUGGGGAAUUGCAUUGGCGGAACUACUGCAACCGAUGAAAAUAUUAGCUCUUCACGGGAAAAUGAAAUCCCAACGAAAUCGGAUAUUGACGGAAUUUAGAGAAUCCGACAGUGCCCUGUUGCUUUGUACGGAUUUACUGGCGCGCGGUGUGGACAUUCCUGAAAUAGAUUGGGUUGUCCAAUGGGAUCCUCCAUCUAAUGCAGCUGCUUUCGUGCAUCGAGUUGGCCGGACCGCUCGACAAGGCAGCGAGGGAAAUGCACUGAUUAUGCUACUACCAUCGGAGGAUGCUUACGUGGAGUUUCUCACCCGUAAUCAAAAAGUGUCAUUGAAGCAGGUGUCGCUUGAAGCUGGUGAAAAAAAUCUUGUUAAAGUGCUGAAAGUCCUUCAUCGACUACAGAUGAACGAUCGAGGGGUAUACGAUAAGGCUAGUCGAGCUUUCGUAUCCCAUGUGCAGGCAUACAGCAAACAUGAAUGCAACCUGAUUCUGCGCGUAAAAGAUCUCGAUCUAGGUAAGGUUGCUACUAGCUAUGGUUUGCUUCAGUUGCCAAAAAUGCCAGAAAUGAAAGAACAUUUCAAACAAUCCUUCCGUGGACCGACGGAACCAGUCGACAUAUUUAAAUUGAUUUAUAAAGACAAGCAGAAGCAAGCAUCCUACGAGAACAAGCUCAAGGUCUUUCAGGAGACGGGCGAAUGGAAAAACAAAAUGAAACUGAUGAAACAGAAAUCCACUCCCUGGGAGUUGGCAAAGCUGGCCCGUGAUGAGCGCAAAGAGACGCGGAAGAAACGGAGAGAGGGCAAACAGAAACGGAAAGCUGCAGUAGAUGCAGGUGAGUUGGCACCGGUUAGGAAGAAAAAGGCCAAAUUUUCUCAAGAGGAAUUGGAAGAGCUGGCAAACGAUAUACGGGCGCUGAAGAAGCUAAAAAAGAAGAAAAUUACUGAAGAUGAGUGCGAUGACGAGUUAGGAAUCGAUGGAAAUGAAGCAGAUGGCGGAAAUAAUCACGAAUAGAAGACAAUAAGUUUGAAAGGUAGUGGAAACAUCUGAUAGAAAACUGAGAAUGCCCUUCUGUGGAUCAUUUUGACCCAUGUUUGCAAAUUAUAAUCAUCGGCGAAUAGUGGCCUUUUAUCACUCAAUUCUACUUG